UGAACACUCAAACCUGCACAGAAACACUCAUUUCUUAUUAUUACCCAUCCAGGGGAGUCCUCUUCAUCUUGAUCUUUGCUUCUGGAUUCUUUGACCUGGAGCUCCAGGCACACACAACUGAUCUAUCAAUGCAGAGAUAUCAUCCCUCUCCGAGGCAGCUUUUGCGUGAGUUUUUGGGUGAGGGACCCUGAAACUUCUUACUCAGCUCCAUGGCUGAAAGAAAACACACAUUCAACCUCCUUUCCCUUUCUCAUCUAUUCCUCCACCUCUGUCUCUUCACUCCUGCAUGUGUCUGCGGUCCUGCCCGAGCUCCUCUCCUUGCCGGCCAGCCUUUCCUGGUGCUGUGGGGGGUUCCAGAUAAAGACUGUUUGGGUCGGCCAAACCCAGCGGCAUUUGGGAUGGAGUGGGAAGGCCGUGUUGCGAUAUUUUAUGAGGACACACUAGGACUUUACCCGUAUUUCACUAUGCAGGAUUGUCCUGUCAAUGGUGGCCUACCACAACACACCAGCCUUGACCUUCACCUCCAGAAGGUGGAGGGCGACCUGACAGCCUCAUUACCCCAGACAGGAGCACCUGGGUUGGGGGUGCUGCGCUGGCAGGAGUGGGCACUUCAGUGGAACAGGAACAAGGGAAAUAAAGCAAAGUAUCUUGUGGAGUCGAGGGCACUUCUCCGGGGAUUUUUUCCAGAUUGGAGCACAGAAGAAGUGGAGAAAUGGUCUCAGGUGGACUUUGAGGCAGCAGCACAAUCCAUAAUGAUGGAAACCCUGCGGGAGGUGAAGAGACUCCGCCCACAAAGAUUAUGGGGCAUGGCCUCGUAUCCUAACUGUUAUAACUUUGACUCCACCCAGAUAGCAUUAGCCAAUUAUACGGGACGGUGCCCUGCGGCAGAAAUGGCCCUUAAUGAUGAGUUGAUGUGGCUCUGGAAACGUAGCGGUGCCCUUUAUCCAGUCCUCUCUCUGGAGAAGCUGCCAGAGGGAACAAAAGGUGCCUGGCUUUACGCAACCAAUCAGAUCAGAGAGGCUUUACGAGUGGCGGCUCUUGCAGGGACUACCUUCGAUCUUCCUGUGUUUCCGCUGAUCAAGAUUGUGUACAGAUCCUCUAACUCCUUUCUCUCAGAGACUGACCUGGUGAAUACAAUUGGAGAAAGUGCUGCUAUGGGAGCAUCUGGAGUCAUUAUAUGGGAAAAAUCCUUAGCAGUUAAAACACAGAAAUCCUGCUCCGAGUUUGGCUUGUACGUUCGCCAGGUUCUCGGCCCUUAUGCUGUCAAUGUAACCACUGCAGCACGUCUCUGUGGAGUCUCACUGUGUCAAGGCCGUGGACGCUGUGUGCGUAAGAAACCUGAGGACCCCACAUACCUGCAUCUUCCUUCGGCCAACUUUAUGCUUCUCCCAAACGGGGCAGAAGGUGUCCGGGCUACGGGAGAGCUUCCCACUGCUUACGUGGACCUCUGGAAGAAGAACUUCCGCUGCCAGUUGUUCGAAGCCUUGGAGGGUACAGCAGCCGAUCAAGAAUCAGGCGCAGUGCUGGAAAAUAGAAGAAAAAUAACAUCGCCAACAGUAAAGACAGUGAUUGGGAGCCAGAGUCAGAGUACAGUGCUUCCAGCGGUUCCUGUGACAGUAGUGCCUACCAAGCAGAUGGUGGACAGUGGAAGUUCUGCACUUAAAACCCCCGUAAUCCAUCUCUCUUUGCUGGUUCUCUUCAGCUUCAUUAUGUUUGACGUUUUGGGAGCUGGAGUGUGACGGGACU